UCAACUUAAAUAAAUGUACCCCCUAUCGGAGUCAAGGUGGAGUCAGUUCGCAGAUAUUUUGUUAAGCAAACAAUUUGGCGAUUUGGCGGUCGCUAGACAAUCUUGGUUUUACUAUAAAAGAGAUAUUUUAUCAGCAGAAGGCAUAUCAGUUCUCAAUCGAAGCAUCCAACAUGAAGUUGUUCCUUGUUCUCUUCGUCCUUUCGAUGGUUUUGUGUGUGGCUCAAGUUAGAGCUGCCGACACCACUACAAGUACGGAGUCAAGCACUAGCACCACCUCCACCACGGAAUCCACCACCUCCACCACAACCACCACCACAGAAGCCACCUCAUCAUCUGAUACCGCAAACAAGAAGAAAGUGUAUCUCAGCAACCUGAAGUACUCGAUCAAAAGGAAAGUCAAGGUUGGAUCCUCUACCAGUUCCUCGUCCAAAUCCAAGAGUUCCAGCGCCAAGUCUCGCAAGGCCCGCCUAAAUGCCGCCAAACGCGCCAAGAAUGCCGCCAACCGAAAACUCAACAAGAAGUCCAAGAACCAAAAUGUACGCGUUAUCCGUGGUUAG